AUGGUAUACAUUAAUGAUUGGAACGAAUACCAACAGGCAGUUGAACAACUUUAUUUAGAUUCACCAAAAGAGACGCGAUAUGUAACAACUUGGAAGCACUCACAAGGAAAAUUGGUUCUAAAAGUCACAGAUGAUUUCAAAGCACUCAAAUAUAAAACAGAUCAAGCAGCGGAUUUGAAGAAAUUUGAACGUUUAAAUCGGUCAAUGAUGUUGAAAAUGCAGAAUCGAAGUGAACCAAGCGAAAGUGAAGCAGCAACAUCAUCGACAUCAGCAUCACUUUCACAACAAUUGCAUACAUCAGAACAAACUAAUCCAACAUCAGCAGUGGUUGGCGCUACUGAAUCAUCCUCCAAUACAACUACAACGGGAAAAGUCCAAUCUUCAAAGAAGAAAGGGAAGAAAGGACG